AUGGAGUUUCACGGAGUUCUAGUAGCUAGCCCGGGCAUGGGCCACGCCGUACCCAUCUUAGAACUUGGCAAACGUCUCCUAAACCACCACGGAUUUGAACGUGUUACCGUCUUCCUAGUCACAGAUGAUGUCUCACGCUCAAGAUCCCUAAUCGGAAAAACGUUGACGGAGAAAGAUCCCAAAUUCGUGAUAAGGUUUAUUCAGCUCGACGUUUCAGGUCAAGAUCUUAGCGGUUCACUUUUAACUAAACUAGCAGUGAUGAUGAGGAAGGCAUUACCACAGAUUAGGUCAGCGGUCAUGGGUUUAGAGCUGCACCCUAGUGUUUUCAUUGUUGACUUGUUGGGCACGGAAGCUUUAGCGGUGGCUAAAGAGCUUGAGAUCACGAAGAAACAUGUUCUUGUUACUACCAGUGCUUGGUUUCUAGCUCUUACGGUUUAUAUGGCGAGUCUUGACAAGGAGACCUUGUAUAAGCAUCUGAGUAGCAGAGGAGCGUUGCUUAUACCGGGAUGCAGCCCGGUUAAGUUUGACCGGGUUCAAGAUCCGGGUAAUUAUGUCAGAGAACUCGCUGAGUCUCAGCGAAUUGGUGCUGAGGUGCUAACCGCGGAUGGGGUGUUUGUGAAUACAUGGCACGAUGUGGAGCCAGUGACGAUCAGGUCUUUCUUGGAUCCAAAGAAUCUCUGUCGAGUUAUGAGAGGAGUGCCGGUUUACCAUGUUGGGCCGCUGGUUAGACCAGCAGAACCAGAGUUGAAGCAUGACGUUUUGGAGUGGCUUGACUUACAACCCAAAGAGUCAGUGGUUUAUGUUUCUUUCGGGAGUGGUGGUGCAUUAACAGCCGACCAGACAAUCGAGCUGGCUAACGGUUUGGAGCUGAGUGGUCACAGGUUUGUUUGGGUCGUCAGACCACCAGCCGAAGACGACCCGUCUGCGUCAAUGUUUGACAAAACCAAGAAUCAGACAGAACCACUUGAUUUCUUACCCGAGGGAUUUAUAGACCGGACCAAAAAUAUGGGUUUGGUGGUCCGGACAUGGGCCCCACAAGAGGAGAUCCUGGCGCACGAAUCAACCGGCGGUUUUGUGACUCACUGCGGAUGGAACUCGGUUUUGGAGAGCAUAGUAAACGGUGUGCCGAUGAUAGCUUGGCCUUUGUACUCAGAGCAGAAAAUGAACGCGUGGAUGGUUUCAGAGGAGCUAAAGAUUGCGUCGCGUGUUAACGUUGGCGAUGGGAUUGUGAAGAAGGAAGAGAUAGUUGAAAUGGUGAAGAGAGUGAUGGAUGAUGAAGAAGGAAAAGAGAUGAGAAAGAACGUUAAGGAACUGAAGAAGACAGCAGAAGAAGCUCUCAAGAAGCCUAACAUUCCUUCUCUUUACUUCACCCAAAACUAA